AUGCCUGACACUUCCAAUUCACUUGGCCGCUAUGCUAAUAAAAUGCGGAGGCUUACUACCAACCAGCCUCGCAAACCCUGGCAUCAACGCACCAGGACUUGGUACAAGCUUUCAGCAGCUGACAAAGCUGUUUUGAAAGACAAACGGCUAACACACCGUGUUUCAUAUGCACAGGCACUCCAAGAGGCUCGCAACAUCGUAAAUGAACAAGCAAAGUUGCUACAUGAGAGAUUCGGCAAACACAGUGUCGAGUACUACUUUGGAGAACUUAUGCAGCGCGCUCGAGUAGCACAGUCAUCACGCAGCCCCACGCGGUGGAAUGCGUUUGUUCGCAAAGAAGUGAAACGCAUCAACGCUGAACGUCCUUCUGGCUCUCCAUCUGUCAAAGCCUCACAAUGCGUGAAAGAGCUUGCAUCACGUUGGAACAAUAUGACAAAGGCCGCACAAGAGGAGGAAACCAAUGAUGCAGUACAGUCACUCGAAGAAUUUCGUGAAAUGAAAAAUCUUGCUCUCCACAACGUGCCUUUAAAUGCUUUUCAAGAUGCUCGCUCUUUGAACGCUCGCACAGGUGUUGAAGUCUUGAUCAUCGCAACGCGCUCCAACCUCGAUCAUUUCAACCAGCCGCACCUCUUUCACACUCAACGAGCUGCAGAUUUUCUGGAUGCAUGCUACGGUACUUCAGCUAUGGAUGUUGCCUUGCGUAUGGAGGCCUUCUGCAUCGCUGGUGUCCAAGGUGUUGCAAAGACUCAUCUUCAAGAAGUUCUCGCUCUCAAGAAAGCCAUCAGUGUGCUAAUCCUGCAGAAACUUCAAGCUGAAGCUGCACCUUUCAAAGUCCCUCGUAUUUACUAUCAAAACUUCGACUCUUAUAUCACCGCCAAAUUCCAUAUCAUCCUCGAGAACUGGCCGCUCAGCAAGUUCUGCGCCCCAGGGGACAUCAGCUCACGGUCUGAAUUGACCGUGCUGCAUAAUGCAUGGCAGUCGGGAUUGGGAGGAUCAGCAUUCGAAGAAGCACUAAACGGCCGCACUGGAGACAGAGACGAAGCUGGACUUCCCAAUGGCAACGACAACACUUCCAACAGUGACAACAGUGUUUCCAACAGCGACAAUGGCACUUCGAACAACAACGACACUUCCAACAGCAACAAUGGCACUUCCAACGACAUUCCCAGCAGUGACAUUCCUCCCCCUACUACCAGCACCACUCCUCCAGAGACUCAAGCCCAAUUUCAUCAAGGAUCGAAGCGCAAGGCUCGUGCAACAGGUGUCAGCACUGUCACCACGACAAAUGGAAGUGGCAUUGCUGUGGAGAAGCGGGCACGCAAAGAGCGGUCAGACAAAGGCCAGAAGCGCGGUCCUCGCAAGAAACCAUGCACCAACGACAGCGGCAGUACUGCAAGCGCCAACGAGAGUGGAAGUACCCCAAGCGCCAACGACAGUGGAAGUGCCACAAGCGCCUCUGUCAGUUCUGUACACCAGACAAGCGCUAGCACUGACGGAAGCUCAGCAAGUGCUAUACCUCAGCCCUCUUGA